AUGUCGACAAAGAAGCCACAAACCCCCUAUUUCUCAAAUGGGCAAGUUUUGUCAAGCCCACCAUUCUCGGUUCGCGUUUCGCGAUUCCUCGAGAGCGUCUAUGUCUUCUUUGGCUUGUACCUCGUGAGCUUCUUCUCGCUGGACCCAUACCUUGCCGCGCAGAACUCUUCGUUCAAUAUUCAUCGGCCGAAAACACGCAACGCAUCUCGUGGUCCUACCGGUGGAGGCUCCGGCUCAUAUGGCUCUGGUGGAGGGGGUGGGGGUGGUGGCGGCGGCGGCGGCCCUGGUGGACCUGGAAAACGAAUUGGGCGGGUGGACGAUGUUCGAGGACCGGAGUGUGGCAGCUACAGCAUCGAACCCAGCAUGUCCACUGUCCCAUUGAAUGACCCGGACUGGGCGGUCUUGAUUGACAAUUUGAAAGAGUGCAUCCCUUCUAGAUCAUUGCCGGAACCGCAAAUCCCAUUAAAUAUCCCACGAUUGAUCGAUCACACUCUCCUAGCCUUGUCAGCCUCUGAAGAACAAAUCGACGUCCUUUGUGCCGAAGCCAAAGAGUACGACUUCGCCACUGUCUGCGUUCGACCGAACUAUGUCGCCCGCGCUGCCGCCAACCUUAAGGGGACCAACACGGGAGUGGCCUCCGUGGUAGGCUUCCCGGAGGGCACGCAGGACACCAAAUUGAAGGUUCAAGAGGCGAUAAAUGCAAUUUUUGAUGGAGCGACUGAACUCGACAUGGUCAUCAAUUACCCGAAACUCAAAGACGGGGGCUACACAGCAGUCUACAACGAUAUAAUGGCCGUACGUAAUGCGGCACCGCCACCGACGAAACUAAAAGCCAUCUUGGAGACGUCUCAGCUCAACAGAGAUGAGCUUAUUGCCGCUGCUAUCGUUGCGUGUACGGCCAGGGUGGAUUUUAUUAAAACAAGCACGGGAUUCUGUGGGGCCGGGGCCAAUGUUCAGGAUGUUAGACUGAUGCAUCUCGUGGCCGAGAUAUGCUCCAAUGGUUGUUUAGUCAAAGCGAGUGGGGGUAUCAGGUCUGCAGAUGACUGCUUGCGUAUGCUUAAGGCUGGUGCGGUGCGGAUCGGGGCAAGCUCCGGAGUCAAGAUCAUGCAGCAGAUGAACGAAGGCGAAAGUCUGGAGCAAGGGGCUAGUCAUCAGGCGUAUUGA